AUCGAAAACGCUAUACCAAAUAAGAUGAUAGGGGUUGUUCAAUCUAGAAUACGUACACAACACAUAUCUACAUUCAUACAUAUUUAUAAAUAGGGAAUCGUCAUUUUUCCAUCCCUUGUAAAAUUAAAAUUCCCAAUAAAUUACCGGUUGAACGAAUUUGAAGGAGUUCACACGAUCCUGAGAAAAAGGUCUUAAAGCAUAGAAGGCAAAACAAAAAUAUUAUCCUUAUAUUUAAAUUCCAUCGGAAUGAAUGGUGGUGGACAUGAAGUGUUCGUUAUUUGUGGAAAAUGUCUGUGUCCGUGAUCAGUUACGUUUUGAAUGCUCGCGUGUAAAGAUCACUUCGGGAAAUGGUAAAAUAAAAAAGAAUGUAAAAUAUAACAUUUUAGGGUUAUUUUUUUUUAUUGUAUAGUUAUUGUUUUCGGGGCUUAUACAAAUGUGUGUUAAUUGUUGUUUUUUGUUUGUUUGUUAAGAUCUUAAAUGUGCAAAAAUUUAAUUAUUGUUAUUUUUAAGAGAUUUAUGUGACAAAAUAUUCGAUUUAAAGAAUAAAAAAGUGUUCUAAACUAUCUUAUUUAACACGUACUUUUGGAUUAUACACAAUAAAAAUGGAUUACAACAUAAAUUCAAAUUCUGAUGAUGAUUUUGACGGAAGUUGCAAUAGUUAUACUAAUGAUGUUAUCAACAACCAAACAAAUAACAACCAAAUGAACAAUGCUAGUGGGAUGUCAAAGGCAGAAUUAAGAAGGAGCAAUAAACCUAUUAUGGAGAAACGAAGACGUGCAAGAAUCAAUCACUGCUUGAAUGAACUUAAAUCUUUAAUUUUGGAAGCGAUGAAAAAAGAUCCUGCACGCCACACCAAACUUGAAAAGGCCGAUAUUCUUGAGAUGACAGUAAAGCAUCUACAAUCAAUGCAAAGGCGUCAGCUUUCUAUGGCGAUUCAAACUGAUCCUACAGUUAUACAUAAAUUCAAGACUGGUUUUGUUGAAUGUGCCGAUGAAGUCAAACGUUACAUAAGCCAGUUAGAUGGAGUUGAUAAUGGAACCCGUCAACGGUUGUCAAACUAUUUGAACAAUUGCGCCAAUAGCUUAGAACAAAUUGGAUCUUUUUCCAAUUUUUCCAACAGUCUUCGAUCACAAACGACCCAGGACUACGUUAAUCCAGCAGUUAUACCAACUCAAAUACCUUUUGCAGCGUCUCAUGAAAAAAUAAACAACAACGGAUGUGUUCAGUUAUCUGGUGUAAACCUAAUACCAUCUGUACUACCAUCUGGCGAAUUCGCUCUUAUAAUGCCAAAACAUACAAAUCUUAAAGCAAGAAACGACAAUGAUGUCUCAUCGUUUUGCCCACCAAAUAUACGUCAGACAAAUGUUGAUUUUUUGACCAGCUUCCCAAGAGCAAGCGCAUUUAGUAAGCCCGUUAGUAAGACUGUGUUUCCAAAACCAACCAGUUACGACAUCAACGUCUCAGUUCAGCCAUCAGCGACCACAACUAGUCCUCCUCUAAGUCCGAUCUCAUCGGUUUCUAGUCACGAAGAAGAUUCAAUAAUGCACAAUAGUUCUGAUUUUACAUCACGUUCCAUCACUCCACCAUUAGAUGGAAGUGGAAGCAGUUUUUCAGGAGGCUUUACCACUCCAUCUAGUUCUGAAUCUAAUAAAACGUUGCCUCGCACAAUGGGUGCACUCCAGCAGUCGCAUGUGACAUCAAGUAGUGAGAUACCGUAUUCUUGCAAACGCUUAUACCCGUAUGCUUACACAAGUAGUCCCGAAAAUUCGAUGAAAAAAUUAAAAAAAGAAAAACCAGAGCAUUCGGAUAGCAACGGAAAUCUUAAAAAAGAACUUGAAGAGUCUUCAGAAAACAUGUGGAGGCCUUGGUAGUUCGUGUUGACUUAAAUUAUUUCAAAGUAAUCAGCUUUGUGGUUAAGGCUUUUUUAAUAUUAAGUUUUAAUCAUUGAAAUUAUUUGCACAUUUUGUUUGACUUUGUUCCGUUGAAUUUGAAAACAAAAAUGUUGUCUUGUGAGCUAUGUAAUUCUCAUAAUGUUUAUUAUUUUAUAUUUUAUAGUAUUGCUUGUGUUUGUAUAUCAUUUAAUUUUUAAGAAUCUGAGUAUAUGUUUCGGUUUACCUGUUUUUUUUUAGAAAUUAUAUUUUAUCUGUGAUUUUUUGUACAAUUGAACUUAGCAAUGCAUGCAAAAACCACACAAGACGCAUAAAUUGAAAACAAAAACAAAUUGUUUUAACAUUCUAAAUUAUAUUAUUUUUGGUUAAGUAAUGUCUGUGUCAAAUACAUAAAAACGUAUUGAAUCAGUUUAUGUAAGCUAAAAGGUUGUAUUUUUUUAAAUUAAAUAAAUAAUUUG